GAGGAGAGAGAUCUUGGAGAGAAGCUGGGGAUGUGGAAGGGAAAUGGCCCAGGGGGAGACCAGGAAGCAGCCAUACAGGGGACAGGUGGAGAGCUAGGGGGACAGGGAACCUGGGGACUGGAAGAUGCCCCAGGACUCUUGGCCAGGGCCUCUUUGCCCAUCAUGCUCUCCUGGCCGCUACCCCUGGCCUCUUCAGCCCUCACUUUGCUCCUUGGAGCCCUCACAUCCCUGUUCCUUUGGUACUGCUAUCGCCUGGGCUCUGAAGACAUGCAGACCCUAGGGGCUGGGAGCCAGGCUAGGGGGGUUAAUGGUGGGUCUGGGGGAUGCCCUGAAGCUGGCAGGCCUGGCCUGAGGAGCUCUGGAGACCCUGCAGAAGGUCCUGGGACAGAAGGCCUAGUGAGCCGUCGACUUCGGGCCUAUGCUAGGCGCUAUUCCUGGGCUGGGAUGGGUAGGGUGAGGCGUGCAGCUCAGGGUAGCCCAAGCCUUGGAGGAGGGUCAGGGGUCUUGGGCAUUCAGCGUCCAGGCUUGCUUUUUCUACCAGACCUGCCUUCAGCCCCCUUUGUGCCUCGAGAUGCCCAGCGGCAUGAUGUGGAGCUUCUAGAGAGCAACUUCCCUGCCAUUUUGCGGGAUUUUGGGGCUAUAAGCUGGGACUUCUCAGGGACUACUCCUCUGCCUCGGGGCUGGUCCCCACCCCGGGCCCCUGGGUGCUACCAGCUCCUGCUGUACCAAGCAGGCCGGUGCCAACCUAGCAACUGCCGCCGGUGCCCCGGAGCCUAUCGGGCACUGAGGGGGCUUCGGAGCUUCAUGAGCGCCAACACCUUCGGCAAUGCUGGCUUUUCUGUCCUUCUACCUGGGGCCCGGCUGGAGGGCUGCUGUGGGCCUACAAAUGCUCGGGUCAGAUGCCAUCUGGGCCUGAAGAUUCCUCCUGGCUGUGAGCUGGUUGUCGGGGGCGAGCCCCAGUGCUGGGCCGAAGGACAUUGCCUCCUGGUGGAUGAUUCCUUCCUGCACACAGUGGCUCACAAUGGCUCCCCUGAAGAUGGGCCUCGAGUGGUCUUCAUUGUAGACCUUUGGCACCCUAACGUGGCUGGGGCUGAGCGUCAGGCCCUUGACUUUGUUUUUGCACCAGACCCUUGA